UUCAAAAAUAUUUCGUUGCAUUUCAAAAUAUUUUCCAUUUCUAUUCGAAAACAUUUUCGUAUAAAAUUCGCUUCAGUUUGGCUUAAACAAACAGAAAGCAACUGAGUUGCAAGCUAAAACGAUACCAAACUACAAAAUGCGUUCAUUAUUGAUCCUUUGCUCCGUCGUCUCUGCGGCCUACGCAGCCAGUCUUGGCUACAACUAUGAGAGCAACAAUGGUCCAGCGCUCAGUGCUGGAUUAAGUGGCCCCAGCUUUGGUGGUCAAGCUUUGAGCGGCCCCAGUUAUGGUGGCCCAGCCUUAAGUGUACCCAGUUAUGGCGGACAAGGCGCUUCUGCUCCCAGCUAUAGCGGCCCUUCGGCUGCUGGUCCAAGUUACGGCGGCCUAGCACCAGCCGGCCCUAGUUACAACGCUCCUGCUGCUGCUCCCGCUCCCGUUGAGGUUAACAAGGAAUACUUCACCUACACAGCACCCGAACAUGACUUCAAUGAUGCUGGUGAUGCCGGUGAUCACGCCAACUCAUUGAAGAAAAACUUGCGCGUCAUCUUCAUUAAGGGACCUGAAAACUCUGGACUCGAGAAUGCCGCCAUACAAUUGGCUAAAUCGGCUGGAGAAGAACGCACUGCCAUCUAUGUACUCAGCAAACAAGCUGAUAUCGGUGAUUUGGCUAACAAAUUGCAGUCUCUGAACCACCGUAAUUCCAACAAACCCGAAGUACACUUCGUCAAGUAUCGUACUCCAGCCGAUGCUGAGAAUGCAAAACAAGCUAUUCAAUUGCAAUACGAUGGUUUGGGCGGUAACACAAGCAGCCACAAUGGUGGUGUUGCACCAGUGUUGGACUUCGCCUCGAAGGCACCAGCUGCACCAGCUGCUCAGCAAUAUGGAGCCGCACCAGUUGGUGGCGUUGAAAAUGCGUACUUGCCACCCAACAAGCGCGUGUAAAUGAAUGUGUUAGAAGAAGAUGUUAUAACUAAUUUGUUAAAUAUUAAUUAAGCUUUGAUGUUCCUGUAUAAUUUUUGUAUGCAAAUAAUUACCAAAAAUAAAACAACAAAUUUUUGAAUUUAAA